GCGGGGUUUGCUCCCACCCUCCGUAUCUGCUCCGAACCCAGUUUUGGCUCACAGUCCCAUUGAAUUACACACAGAGACACGCCGGUUAAAGGAGAACGGGUGGGUACCUGGGGAUCUGGAUGAUUUGCAGCUGCAGGAGGGUAGGGUAGCGUGGGGACACGCGUGAGACCUGUGGCGCACAAGGAUGAAGGUCACCCCGUUUUUUUAAGCACCCCGCCAGACGCUCCCCGAGGCCUGGUACGGUUCAGCCCCACAUGGAUGGAUUCAGGAGCUGCACUCAUGGAAUACAAAGCCCGGCUGAGUCCGCCUCUCUCCAGAAGCCUCUCCUCCUGACGCAGCCUCUCGACAUGCGGGUGUCUGCUCGGUGAUUCGGUGGACCCUGCUCUCUUUGGCUUCUUGCUGUUGUAUGUAACGCAAAGGAUUCGUCUGCGCUCUGGGAUUCCUUUGUGCCAAAGGGUUCAGCACAGGGUGCGCAAGGGGCGACGAAGCGGGAGGGGGUGGAGGGGCUUCGGUUGCGCACAGCUGCUGUGUUUUUGUGCCCGGGUCACGAUGGCGCACAGCCGACCGGAGGCACACGAACACCCGCCCGAGAAUGGCUUCACCCCGCUGGAGCGACCCGCGCUCCGGAUGCUGCCGCACAUCGACGGGUGCGUUCUGCCAUCUCUGGGGGGGUUCGGGAGACACCAGAAGCAGCUGGUGGUCCUGACCUGGAUACCUGCGCUGUUCAUCGGCUUCAGCCAGUUCUCGGACCACUUUCUGCUGGCGCAGCCUAACGGCACGUGCGUGAUGCCCGCGGGUAACUAUAGUAACUGGACCGGGUCACCGCUGCUUGCCAUUGGGGCGCCCGCACUGCAGCUCGGGGCCAACGGCACCGCGAAGGGACCCGGGGACGGUACUGGACUGCUGUGCGCCUGUGAGGAGCAGAGGCUGGAGCUGCAGACGGGACUCCUUCAGAAUGUGGUUACCAAGUGGCACCUGGUGUGUGACUCGGCCUGGAAGGUGCACAUAGCCAAGUUCUCCUUGCUGGUGGGCUCAAUCUUUGGCUACCUGGUGAUGGGUGUCAUGGCUGACUGGUUUGGCCGACACCCCGUGCUGAUUCUCUCGGCCCUUUUCAUGCUGGUGUUUGGCCUUUCUGUCGCCUUCUCUAUAAAUGUCACCAUGUUCAGCACCUUGCGUUUCUUUGAGGGUUUCUGCUUGGCGGGCCUCGCUCUCUCCCUCUACGUGCUCAGGAUUGAGCUGUGCUUGCCGGGCUGGCGCUUCUCCAUGACCAUGGUGGCCAGUUUUCUGAAGGUGGGCGGGCAGCUACUGAUGCCAGGGGUGGCCUCUCUGUGCCGCCAUUGGCCAAAUGGGGAUGAUUGGCAGGUGCUGCAGAUCGUCAUCAUCAGCCCUUUUGUUCUGAUGCUGCCAUAUGUCUGGAUUUUCCCUGAAUCGCUUCGCUGGUUGCUGGCAACCCAACACUACAGGCGCUCCAAAGCCAUGAUGCUGCGCAUCGCCAGGAAGAACAAGGUUGACAUGACAACAGAGCCCAGUGGAGUUCUUGCAGAGUUGGAGCAGGAGUUACACAAGAAACCUCAGAGGAGCUGCAUUGUCAAAAUGAUGAGCACCAGGAACCUGUGGAAAAACAUUGUGGUGUUAUGCGUGAACUCUCUGACAGGUUAUGGGAUCCACCACUGCUUUGCCCGCAGUAUGAUGGACCCGGAGGCCCAGCCCACAGCUUUGUGCCACACCGACUACUACACCAUGGCUGGCAUUGCUGUGGCCACAUGCUUGGCUCUUUGCCCUGCAGUGGGGCUGAUGGGUCGGCGUGGAGGACUGCUCACCUUCAUGAUUAUAACAGCUCUGGCAUCGCUGCUGCAGCUGGGUCUGCUCAACUUGAUUGGAAAGUACAGCCUCCGCCAUGACACAGUCCUUCGAGACACUUUGAACAGAAAAUUCUCAGUUGCCUUCUCCAUCAUCGGCAUGUUCUCCUCUCAUGCCGUCAGCACACUCAGCAUUUUCUUUUGUGCUGAAAUCACUCCAACUGUCAUCAGGGGUGGAGGUCUGGGCCUCGUCCUGGCUAGUGCCGGCUUCGGGAUGCUCACUGCCCCCAUCAUGGAGCUACACAACCAAAAGGGCUACUUCCUGCAUCAUGUGAUCUUUGCCUGCUGCACCCUGCUCUGCAUCAUCUGCCUGCUGCUGCUGCCGGAGCCGCGUGGCCAGCCGCUGCCAGAGAGCCUGGUGGACGGUGAGACCUUCACCCGUCAGACGCUGCUCCAUCCUGGGGAGCAGCAUCUGCUCCUCGUCAAAUAUGAGAGGGACUACUCCCGUGUCCACGACACGCCAUUACAUCUCACAGCCACAGGGGGCACCACGGCGGCAGUCGCCACCGCUCUGGCAGCGGUGCCUGCCUCGUACUCUCUGGCAACAGGUGGUGAGGUGAUAGGUAAUUGUGCCAUUGCCAAUGGGGUAUGAGCAUCACAGCAAUAGUCUUCUACUGUGCAAAAAAAAAAAAA